UGUUUAAUCUAUUAACUGUUAAAACUCCAAUUUCAACGAUAGAUGGCAGUGCAGUACAUUGCGGGAAAUGAGCGCCAAGCUCAUGUAGAAUACUAGAAACAGGAAUUUUGUGUUUGCUGUUUAAUAUUUAACCUGUAAAUCAGUGUUUUCACAAUUAAAAAUGGCUCUAAACGAUUAUGAAAUAGACGAGUUUGAAGCACAAUUCCAAGAUGAACUCGAGGCUAUGAUAGACGUCGAAAAUUCUGACUUGCAGAGCGGUGAUGGUCACAGCUCACGGAUUUCUCAAAAUCAUGCUUCGCACAGUAGAAAGAGCUUGCCCUUCAACUCUCCUAAAUCAGACAGAACCAACUCUGUCACAGAAGCUGGGAACACUGGUUCACUAAAGAAACGAAAUGGGAUAUCUAAUGAAGAAGAGUUUGUUUGCAUCCAGCCUCCGCAGAAGAGACCUCGCACCUCCUCCUCUCCACCCCUCCCUUCUGCGCCCCAGCUCGACGCAACCUUCCCUCUCCCAUCCCUCGACAUCGUCUGGGAUGACGACGACGACGACGUUGCCGUGACGAAGAAUCCGAUAGCCGAGCGCAUCCGCAGAGAGCGACAGAGGCGGAGCACGGCGGUCGAGGUCGAGGCGGUUGCCGCGGCGAUGGUGUUCUCCCCGUCGCAGGACAUUCAACGCAUACAGAGCGAGAGAGCGAGGAGAUCCGUGCAUCCGCUACUGACCUCUUCCUUCUCUAACAGGUGCGACGCAGGCGUUGAGCGGCGGCGCGUGCUGACGCGAGCGCCCCCUGGCGAGUGCGUGACAGUGACAGGGACGGAGGGCCGGAGGGUGUACAUGCGCUUGGAGACGGCAGAUCCGGCAGAUGAGCGGAAGAAGGAGGAGGAGGAGAAGAAGAAGAAGGAGGAGGCGAAGAAGAAGCCGUUCAAGCCGGCGGGCGUCGUGGAGCUUAGCGACGACCUUGACACUCAUGGAAGACCCACUCACAAGGUCACACAGCCGCCCGCGUCGCAAUCAGCAAACAAUGAAUGA